AUGGUGCCGGUGCCGCCGCCACGUCAGCGCCACGCCCGCCCGCGCGGUCCCGCCCGCCGCUCCCGGCCGGCCCCGGCAGCGCCUCCAGCCCCGCCGCGCUGCUGGUGUUGUGGCGCGCCGGGCCGUGCAGCGCGGGGAGUCCGCGCGGGCCCGCGGAGCGUCCCGGGCGGCAGCGGGGCCACAACCGGAUCCGUGUGCGUCACGUCGGGGCCGCGGCCGCCCCCCGCCCCGGAAGGACAAGUGGGCUCUGGGAAUAUGGCAGCGGCAGGCGCGGCGGCGGUUGCCGCUCCAGUGUGUGUGCUGGUGCUGGGUAUGGCCGGCUCCGGAAAAACCACCUUCGUGCAGUGCCUGGCCGCCCACCUGCACGGGCAGCGCUGCCCUCCGUACGUGAUCAACCUGGACCCUGCCGUGCACAGCCUGCCCUUCCCCGCCAACAUCGAUAUCAGGGACACCGUGAAGUACAAAGAAGUCAUGAAACAAUAUGGGCUGGGCCCAAACGGCGGAAUAGUGACCUCACUCAAUCUCUUUGCUACAAGAUUUGACCAGGUGAUGAAGUUUAUUGAAAAAAGACAAAAUGCAUCCAAGUAUGUUAUUAUUGACACACCAGGGCAAAUUGAGGUAUUUACUUGGUCAGCAUCAGGAACCAUCAUAACUGAGGCCUUGGCCUCCUCUUUCCCUUCAGUUGUUGUCUAUGUGAUGGACACCUCUCGCAGUACUAACCCUAUCACCUUUAUGUCCAACAUGCUCUAUGCCUGCAGUAUCCUGUACAAGACAAAGCUACCUUUCAUCGUAGUUAUGAACAAAACUGACAUAAUCGACCACAGUUUCGCAGUGGAAUGGAUGCAGGACUUUGAGACUUUUCAGGAUGCCCUGAAUCAAGAGACCUCCUAUGUCAGUAACCUGACUCGUUCCAUGAGUUUAGUGUUGGAUGAAUUUUACAGUUCACUGAAGGUGGUCGGUGUUUCUGCGGUGCUCGGCACAGGACUGGAUGAGUUUUUUAUCCAGCUUUCUAAAGCUGUAGAUGAAUACGAGAGAGAGUAUCGUCCAGAAUAUGAACGCCUGAGAAAAACACUAGAGGAAGCUCAAGAGAAACAAAAGAGAGAACAGCUGGACCACUUGUGGAAGGACAUGGGCAGUGUGUGUGUGCAGGGCAGCACACUGACAGGACCUGAUGAUGCUUCUGCAAUGGGUCCCUCUGAGCUAAUCCUUACACGAGGAGCUCUCAAUGAAGAGGAAGAAGAGAGGGAGAGUGAUACUGACGACAUUGACCAUGAAGUGACUGAGGAGAGUCAUGAAGAACCAGCCUUCAGAAACUUCAUGCAAGACAUGCGGAUGAAAUGCCAGAGAAAAAGCAACCUGAAUGAAUGAGACAUUCACAAACAGAAGAUUUUUAUUUCUCUUUCUGCAGUAACUGUUGGUCAUGUGAGUUAAAGAUCUUGGAGCCAACUGACUGCUCAGUUCACCAUCUGCCACCGUGGCUUCCUGAAGCUGAGGGAAUCAGAUAGCAGUUUCUUCCAGAUUCUUCAGAUCUAUCUGUUGAGAGCUUAUAUUUUGAGCUCUGGUAGCUUUAGUAUCUGCAGCGCUAACUGGUCCCCAGAAACGUGUUCCAUUCGCAUGUGCAGCUGAGGGUCUGCUGCAGCCAGGGCACAAGUGAUGCUGUACUGAAUUUUAUCAAUCUACUUACUGUUUGACGGUUUGGCUUGUAUUAAAUAUAUUUUAUGUACUAACAAAUGUGUGAUCAUAACAGCAGGAAAUUUAAUUUUAAGCACUGUUCUAAAGUGAGACUUUUUUCCCUGUGCUUACAGCCCAUCUGUAUGGAUGUGCAGCAAAUGCAUCUUAAUUACAUUAUACAGACAUGGUACAGAUGCCUCCCAGGAAAAUCCUGAGCAAAGAAAGUUCCCAGGAUGGAAAGUAAUAAAAAGUCUCUAGCCUGAAUUGGCUGAGAGCAGAAAUGCA